AUGGUGCCCACUCUGCAGGAUGUGUCUUAUUUGUUGGGGCUGCCGAUAGCUAGGCCAGCAGUUGGCCCAACAAUGGUGAAUGCUGGAUGGGCGGAUGACCUUCUGGCCAGUUUUGGUGGUGUGCUGCCUGUUGCACUGGAGGAUCUCACAGAUGGGCACGGGCCUACGAAAAGUUGGUUGAAUCAGUUUCGACAGGAUGUCUUCCCUGAUGACCAGGAGGAGUGGAUCGUGCAGCGGCACUUAGUCGCUUACCUGUUGUGGUUGUUUGGAUGGGUGAUGUUCACGGGAACUCACGCUGACUCCGUGGACAAGCACUUCAUCCACUUUGCGGAGCAGAUUGCAGAGUUACCUAUUGCGGAGAUUCCACAGUACAGUUGGGGGUCGGCGGUACUUGCGGCGACAUAUGCCGGACUGUGUGAUGCUUGCGUGAGGAACAGCAAGCAAAGUUCACUCCCUGGAUGCCCGUUGCUACUUAUGUUGUGGGCGCACGAGCGCUUCGACAUUGGGAGGCCUCAGCUUGACUCGUACGCAAACUACGGUUUGCGAGAGAUGUACAGGUCUGGUGUUGAUGACAUCGACGAUCGUCCCACUAUGGGAUCCUUGUGGACACACCGUGAGCCGCAGUGGGUUAGCGGGACGACACGUCGUGUCUACACUCAGUUUGUAGCUGACUUUGAUCAGCUUACGCCUGACCGUGUUCGGUGGACUCCCUACACUCAGCACGAUGUCAAUGAUCGUGCACCGCACGGUCUCGCGGAUCUUUGCACGCGAGAUAUGCAACUCUGGAGGACGACUUGUCACCUUGUGGUGGACGUGCACGUCGAGCCACACAAUGUCCACAGGGUUCUCAAACAGUUGGGCAUGUAUCAGGACUUCCCUCCGAGAGAUGGUCGUCCUUUGGCUGAUAGUCUUCAUAGGUACUCCAGAAAGGGGCUCGGGCUUUCCUACGAGCUAGUUAUUGUGACCACGGUUCAGCCGACGAUACAAGAGUGGGAGCACGCAGCUGAUAACUUGGCACUUCAGACACCUCCAGACGAUGGGAGUUAUUAUGGAGCUUACCUUCGUUGGUACCGCAGUGUUACACGAUGGAGGUGUUUUCCUCCACAAGGAGAUAGCACCGUCCCCCACCAGGCAGCGAUUACUGACACGUUUGCCCCUCAGCCUAGAUCAGCUUACAACUCAAUGGUACGUGUUUAUUUGUGGAAUUUGAGCAACUAG